AUGACUUCAGAUCUCAUGUGUUUGGUAAGCGUCACGAUCACUGGAACGGCCUUGAAGGAACACGUCGUCGUGCUGGAAUUCAGGCACCGAAAGCUUCCCUUCGUCUUUGCAGAGGAGCUUCCUGCACAGCGGUUUCUUUUGUGCUUGGAACUGCUGAUCUGGAGGGUCCAAGAGGAGACAGCGCUGGACAACUCCAUGCAGCACCGCAUUGUUCCCCUCUUCCGCAAGGAUCAGAGCGAGCAGCUAGGUGGAGCCAUGGGCUUCUGUGAUCGAAGGGUGUGA